AUGGCAGAAUAUAAAGGUGCAUCGUCAGAAGGGCAGCGACAAGCCAUGCUGGAAAAGCAAAGAGCAAAAAUGUUGAGCGAUUUUGAGAAACAGAGGGAAAAGAUCGCUAAAGAUAAUCAAGUUAACAUAACCAACAGCAAAUUCGUGACACAGUAUGAUGAUGUAGAAGAUUCAUUAAAGAAAGAAACGAUUGGGUUGGUUAAGCUUGAAGAUUUUCAAAAGAUUAGAAAAGAAUUACAAGUUCAAAAAGAAAGAGAGGCUGCAAGAACUGCUGAGUUAAAAGAUGACAAAAUCAAAAAAAAGCGUAAAAAGAAGGAAGAAAAGGUUAAGUUAUCUUUUAAUUUAGAAGAUAGUGAUCAUGAAGAUGAUGAUAAUGCUAUUAAAAGUGAAGAAGAAUCGGAUAUAGCAUCAAAGAAAAAACCAAAACUAGGUAAAAAUCCUAACGUAGACACAUCAUUUUUACCUGACCGUGAUAGAGAAGAAGAAGAACGUAAAGAAAGGGAACAAUUACGACUAGAAUGGUUACGGAAACAAGAAGAAAUCAAAAAUGAAAAAAUUAGUGUCACAUAUUCUUAUUGGGAUGGUACUGGUCAUCGAAAAACUGUAUCUUGUAAGAAAGGUGAUUCUAUCGCAAGCUUUUUAGAAAAAUGUCGGCAGCAAUUUCAUGAGUUGCGCGGAGUUAGCGUUGAUAACCUGAUUUAUGUUAAGGAAGAUUUAAUUAUUCCACAUCAUUACACAUUUUACGAUUUCAUCAUCAAUAAAGCAAGAGGAAAAUCUGGACCUUUGUUUAGUUUUGAUGUGCAUGAUGACGUUCGUUUAACACAUGAUGCUACAGUCGAAAAAGAUGAGUCACAUGCUGGUAAGGUGGUUGAACGAAAUUGGUAUGAAAAGAAUAAACAUAUCUUUCCAGCAAGUCGAUGGGAAGUCUAUGAUCCAGAGAAAAAUACAUCGAAGCGGUGUUUGAACAGCUCGGCUCGUCGUUCGACAAAAUUUCAACGAGUUAAACCUCAUGUAAAUAUCGGUACAAUUGGUCACGUUGAUCAUGGAAAAACAACAUUAACUGCCGCAAUCACUAAAUGUUUGGCAUCAAAAGGAAAAGCUAAAUUUAAAGAUUAUGGUGAAAUUGAUAAAGCUCCAGAAGAAAAAGCUAGAGGUAUUACUAUCGCUACAGCUCAUGUUGAAUAUGAAACUGAUUCAAGACAUUACGCUCAUAUCGAUUGUCCUGGACAUGCUGAUUAUAUUAAAAAUAUGAUCACUGGUGCUGCGCAGAUGGAUGGUGCAAUUAUCGUAGUAUCAGCUACAGAUGGUCAAAUGCCUCAAACACGUGAACACUUACUUCUCGCUAGACAAGUUGGUGUAUCAAAUCUCGUAGUAUUUGUCAAUAAAAUUGAUGCGGUUGAUGAUAAAGAAAUGUUGGAAUUAGUUGAAAUGGAAAUGAGAGAUUUAUUAACUCAAUAUGGUUUUAAUGGUGAAGAAACUCCUAUAAUAAUGGGUUCUGCUCUUGCUGCUCUUGAAGGUCGAGAUCCAGAAAUUGGUGAAAAAGCUAUAGAUAAAUUAAUGGAUGCUGUUGAUAAACAUAUUCCUACACCUAUAAGAGAUUUAGAUAAACCAUUCUUGAUGUCUAUUGAAGGUACUGUUGCUACUGGUAGAGUGGAAAGGGGUACCGUCUCAAAAGGUUCUGAAAUUGAAAUAGUUGGUAUGGGGCAAACAGUAAAAACCACAUUGACUGGUAUAGAAAUGUUCCAUAAAGAACUUGAUAAAGGAAUGGCAGGUGACAAUAUGGGAGCUUUAUUACGUGGUAUCAAACGAGAACAAAUUCGACGAGGACAAGUACUUGCCGCACCUGGAACAGUUAAAUCUUACAGGAAAUUUUCGGCUCAAGUUUACGUUCUUACAAAAGAAGAAGGUGGAAGACAUACUCCAUUCAUGCAAAAUUAUAGACCACAAAUGUUCUUUCGAACAUCUGAUGUAACUGUUACAUUGACUUAUCCAAACGGUACCGAAAAUCCGGAUGAAAAAUUUGUUAUGCCAGGAGAUAACGUCACGCUUGAGUGUGAACUUGUCCAUGAUAUGGCUGUUGAACCUGGUAUGAGAUUUACUAUCCGAGAAGGUGGUAAAACAGUUGGAACUGGUGUUAUUGUUGAUAUUCGUGAAUAA